CAUCGCCACCUUCGCACUCGUCGUAGUCGGGUCCUCCGCGGCACGUAUCAAUCGCCAGGAGUCUGCCGACGACAGAUUACCGCGAAUCCGUCGAGGCGCGAGUGUCGCGUAAGGACAGAGUCGGGUGGUGGACCCGUCAUCCCCGCUCGUGCGACCAUGAAGGUCCUGCGGGCGCGAAGCGCGCCGACGAGAUAGUCUACGAGGAAGCUGGCUCGCUCGCGGGAAUCUCUCGGUUCACUUCCGAGAGUGGGACAAUUACUCUCGUUCGAGAGGGAAAAAGCGGGUAGAUCGAUAGGCGGCCAGCUGGUGUGCGUGUUCGCAGCCGUUUUCGUAGCCAGUCGGUGUGACCGCGCGGGGUGCGGUCCAGGAUGGUGAAGGCACCGAGCGUGGCACCCGCCGGUGGUCCGGCGGGUGUCAGGAGGAUCCAUCCCGGUCCCGAAAUUGCCAUGAACCCGAGGAAUCUGCCCACGGCAUCCGCGAGCAUGCCGCCUGCUAUGCGAGGAGAUGCCAACGCUGUCGGCAGAACGACACCCGUUUAUUAUCCUCAGGUGGACGUCUCGACGCAGGUAGACCUCCACAGCGGCUUCGGCGGUCCUGGUGGCGUUAUGGACUCCUGGGAUCGUCGCGCGACGCCGUUGUACUCGCGCGAGGACAUCAAAGAGCAAUACUGCAUCACCAGCCGGCAACUGGACGCCGUCGAGAAGUCCGGCGGCGGUUUCUUCGGAUGCCUGUCCACGAGGGGACCGUCGCCGUGCAGCUCCACCAGGAAUUCCAUCCUGUCGGCGUGCGUGCGUAGCGUUCCCAGCGACGAGAACCUCUGUGACGCGCCCUAUCCCCGAAGGCCCCUCCAAAUUAUGUACCGUCAGCCUUAUCCGACCUAUUCCCGCGGUCUAUCGCGGUACGACCUUGAGGACGAGGCGGACUGGAUCGAGAGUUCCUACUUUAGACGGCGCCCAAGAUCGUUUUGCACCGUACCCGAUCCGAAGAGGUACACUUGGGUCCCAGAGGACGAAGAAUCCAUGAAAUUGGAAGGUCCACGACCAGUAUUACCACCAGUAGUACCUCCUCCUCUUGCCUCCAUGACAACGAUGCAAAUAUCGCAAGUUCCAAAAGCGAAGCACGUGAGCUUCGCAAGAUCGCACACGCUUACAUCGUUUGAAGUCCCAAGGAACAUAAGCCCUCCGAGGCCACAUAAUCCGGAACGUCUUAUAGACUCGCAGCCGACUAUGCAGAAUACUAUACUGCCUUCGUCCUUGCCCUUAGCUCAUCCUUAUCCUGGUGUUGAGCCACGUGUUCUCGUACUUGAGAAACAACCUAAACGCGGUGCCAUGAAGACUCAGGCGACGCAAACCGAGCUCCCGCCAAUGUUUCGCGGUCGUAUACUUCCGGUGACUCUCAGUCCAAGAACCAUCCAUCGUGUCAAGAUGGUUUCGCAAGGUGCUCAAACUAAUGGUGUUUUCAACGGUAGAAAAUUAACCAAAAGUUACUCGGAAGCUGGACAGUUAGGAACGCCGCUUGGUGGCCAGGCUGGUGCGCCAGCGAAAGAGGAAACUGAACACGAGCCGCUCCAUAGAACUCAAAGUGAAGAGCCACCAAGGUCACCCUUUCUUAUUUCAACAACACCACCACCUAUUCGCUCUAUCACCACCACCGUUGUCGUUGAAGAAACUUUGCCAAAUGGAGACAUCGCAAUUGUUCCUAUUGGCGUUUGUAAUCAACAUCGUAAAUCCCUCGAUAUAGACGAUCAGGAGAUUUUUAUAAAUUUCAAACCGGCACCGGUGUCGCCUGAUGCUCGCGCGCUUCUUAGCCGGAUCUCCGAGCCCUCUCGUCGAUUCCUUCCUCUCCAGAAGACCUUCUCCGAUGGCGAAAUUCGUGUCGAGAGACGUGAACUUAUUGGAGAAAGUAGCGAGCCGAGUUAUCCUCACACUUGCAGAAGGAAUCAGCAGGAUUCUUGGGGCAGAACUGUCAGAACACCCGUCCAAUUUUCCUCGACACCCGAGGAUCUAUCUUUGUUGCGAAGCCUCUCGCCUCACGAGGAUCAUCACGAAGAGGAAUUCCAUGAAAAUCUAAUACGUCGGGGUCUCUUUCGAAAAAGAAGCGUAUCCCUUGAAGAUGGUGUACAAGGUUUAUCAUCAGAUGAUUUUAUGCUUCCUAGGUCACUUCCAACUUCCCCUACAUCGCCAACUGCAGCAGCAACAACACGAAGAAUUUCGCAGACCCCGAAGGACGAUUCGUUGCCCACCUGCGCCUUACUGCACGCUGCAGUCUAUCCGCCUGCUUUUAGUACUGGGACCGGCGUCGCCGGUACUAGUAUCGUCGGCCAGGUGACUUCACCGUUUGCCUCCAGUGAUUCUUUAACGAAUGACGUGACCAGGGACCACAGCGACGGAAUAUGGAACGAGUCGCAAGCGACAGUUCUUCAAGCUGAUUCGUUAGCUCUACUGACACCAUCCUCGAGGAGAAGACAUCUCCUGCUUUUGCAACAUCAGCAACGUUCCUCGAUGGAUACCGAGGCUCUGGACGUGGAAGACGAGGUGGAACCUUGCCCGCCGAGUCCGAGAAUACGUCUGGAACCAGCCACUCCGGUGCAACCCCUCACACCAAGACGGUCUUACAGAAUACAAGAUCUGUUACCAGUACAGUUUCAACAAAUUUACUACAAUGAUGUAUCCACAGCAGCACAUUUUUAUGCGUACGAUAUUAUCGAAUCAUCUAUUUCUGCAAGUAACAGCCGACCGAGAAGUGGAUUACGCCGCGCGAGUCCAGGUCCGCCGUUGUCUCAACCCCAGUCGCAGUCGUCGAGCGAGUUCGGUUUGAGCCUAGCGAGGACCGACUCGGGCGGACGCACGAACACCGAUAUUUCCGAGACCUCCGAGGAUUAUGUCACUGCCAAUACUUCUACGGAAACCGGGACCACUACAGGCACGUCCGCCACGACCAGUUCCUGGUCGAGGCCACCGCAGACGUCCAGUGCCGCGGCGUCGGCGCCCGCUUCGACCACCGCGACCGCCGCCGAAGGCAGCUCCUUCGAAAGCGCAAGCUCAAUUUACAGCCUGGCGAGGAGCGAGGCUGUUAUCGAGGAGCCGUGUAGUCCGCCACCAAUUUUAGAAGAAGCGGAAAUUGCAUUUGGAUUAGAACUACCUCCACCGGCAAUGAGGUCUAGUAGCAGCAGUAGUUCAGGUAGCUACGACCUAAAGGACGCGAUGACGGACCUGAAUAAUGAUUUAGAGCAAGUCGCUCCACGCAGUGGACAUACCUCAGAGACUGAAUUGGAUCGAGAUGAGGGUCAUCGAUCGUCGUCCGGAGGUUACGCCGAGUCGCCACCUGACGUUCGCAUGUGGAGCGAAGAGGAACGUCGUCGAAAGAAGAAAACUUUUAGCUUAGACUUCCUCGGAGGAACAUCGAGCAACGUAGAACUGGAGCACUCCGCGGAGCCGGUAUAUCCGGAGAACGUCGAGGUCAGCCCGACUCCUAGCCAUCGUCACAGAUCGCGCAGCAAGCCAACGUCGGCUCGGAGUCCUCAUCGGAAUAAUAGAAAACGGGACUCCGUGCAACAGUCGACGCAAAUGCAGCAACAACAAGUGCUCAGAAGUCCACAAAAGGAGGAAUGGAGAAUAGAGCAAGCCGAGGAUGGUCCACACGCGCCGACGUCCGAUGAUUCAAGCUGCAGUCAUCAUUAUCAUAUGCAUCAUCAUCACCAUCAUCACAUGCAUCGGGAAGGUGCAGAGAACGCGAGACAUCGUCGGACCAGGGAAAGCCCAAGAAGAAAGACCAGUGGCUAUAUUUCUACCAGAAGACGCAGCAAUGAGGAUAAAAACGCGGCUAUAACGGGCAGUUUACCGCGAAGAAAGUCCCGUGUCGCGGACGACAUAGUUUGUUCUAGUCGCUUGAGUCCUGGACGUUAUCAGCGUAGUCCAGGGCACAAUGGUCAGCGAGCGCUCGUCAUAGAAGCACAAAGUCCGGAGGCGAGACUGAAAGCACUGUCGGCGGAAUCGUUGAGAUCCGUCAGUCCGGGCAGCGACAGUGUCUUUUAUAGCGAAAGCGCCGAUCAGCCUUGCAUCUCCGUUGCCGCUUUGGACGCUGCGCACUGUCAUCAUUGUGGCAGAGAGGUGCCGGAAGAGAUCGUUCGACCACCGGCAGGUUUUGCGGACUCCCCAGAAGGACACAGAACAUCUUCCAAGCACGUUACAGGACAUCGGUUGUACAAGAAGUUCGACAAGAGGUACAGAUCGGAAGAUCGAGGAGACCGUAGACAUCGCCGUAGCAGUGCCGGUAGAUCGGAUAUUCGGGCUAAAUCGGAAGAAAGAGCCACUCCCCGACCAGGAAGUAGAGGUUCAAUCGAUGACAUGGGCAGGAGAAGGUUGCAAGCUCGAAGUACUGACGCUAGUAUGGAAAUUCUUACAGGAAGAGAAGAUGAGGAUACUUAUGUAGAACCGUACUUAAGUAGCGAAUGGAUUUAUAUCGGGGAUCUCGAGGAAAGUCACGUAUGGAAAAGGCCUGACAGCAGAGAUGGUGACGACGAAGAUAGUAUCCAUAAGGAGCGACGGGAUUCUCAAGAAUCUACGGAGAGCGAGAAGAAUUUUAAGAAGAGAUAUCAAGCAGCCACGCAUAGGAUGGUACAUCGAAAAAGCAGCGGUGAAAUGUACAAGAGGAUACAAACGAAAUGUUUCGAAAGCGACAAGAGGGUAGUUGUGAAACGCGAAGCUGGCGGCGAAUUUGGAUUCCGUAUUCAUGGCUCGAAGCCCGUGGUAGUUUCCGCGAUCGAGCCAGACACGCCCGCGGAGAGUUCCGGUCUCGAGGUUGGCGACAUCAUCAUGUCGGUGAACGGCAGAAGCGUUAUGGACGCCACGCACUCGGAGGUCGUAAGACUGGCGCACUCCGGUACGGAUGUUCUGGAAUUAGAAGUCGCAAGAACUUGCAACGUGUUGGCGCCGCGUGUUGCACGCACCGGAGCGAAGGAGAGCGUUGAAGAAGCACCACUCUACUCGGGAUACUUAUGGAGAAAAUCCACAUCGUCGAGUACGGAAAAAUGGGUUCGACGAUGGUUCGCUCUUCGUCGUGACAACUGCCUGUAUUGUUAUAAGACUGACGCGGAUUCGCAACCGGUGGGAGCGGUAAUGCUUCUCAAGUACGAUGUGGAGCAGACGCCUGAAUUGAGAGUGCACGGUUUCGCGAUAAAGAAAAAAGGUGCUCCAACACUACGAUUGGCGGCCGAUACCGAAGAAGCGGCAGCUCGAUGGAUUACGGUUAUUCGCGAAGCUGUCGAGAGGAACAAUCAGAUUGACACUUGGCUGGACUCUUCGCUAAGAAUGAGAGAGAUGGCUGCGUGCGCUAUUCAGAGGCCAGAUUGUUUCGGGUAUUUGAACAAACAACAGGAACACGCACGGAAAACGUCCUCGCCCACCGGUUGGUCCAGGCGAUAUUGCGUGCUGAAGGACGCCGCACUAUAUUUCUAUGAUGACGCCAACGCCGACAAAGCAUUUGGCGUGGCGUGUCUACACGGCUUCAGGGUACAUAGCAGCGCUCCGAGUUCCGGCGGCAGGAAGCACGCUUUUGAGUUGCAACCACCGGAUCCCACGCAAAGAAGUUAUAUCUUCGCUAGCGAAUCAGAAAUGGAUAAAAAACGGUGGUUGGCCGCCCUUGAAUACUCGAUUGAUCGGUGGAUAAAAAUAGGUUGAUGCGAAACAAUCCGCCCUACGAUGAAUCCAACGAGUCGCAGUAGCGAAGAUCGUCCAAGGAAAUCCUCGUCCGUAUCCGUUUCCGGUUCCUAACACGUUGUGGAUUAUCCGCGACGAUCGCCGUUGUUACCUCGACGAUCACCACACGCUCGUGGAUGUUUGCCAAGAUUCUUUCAUUUCAACAACAUUAUUAAGUCUCAUCGUCAUGAUCAUUACUGUAACUGCUGAUUAACAGUGACGUUACUUUAAAUUGUUCAAAUAAAAGUUAACGCUAAAACAAGAUAACUUGUGUUCGGAAUUGUCUUGUGUCGUCGGAAUUGUUUAUCAGCAGUAAUGCAAUUCCAUCGAACGUCACCGAGACCAUUUGAGCAGAAAGAUCGAUAUAAUCUUGAUGAGUUGAAUGCUAUGGGGGUAAAGAAAUAUACUUUAUGUCGGUUAUUUAUAUUGCGUUUCUUUCUCUCGAAUGAACGAACGAAUGGACACUUUUGUGUUUCCGUUCCAUCAAAAUCGGAACUCAUCAAAAUUAUACUGAUUCCAAUUUUAGUAAUAAAUUUUCAGAUCUCAUCGCGCGUCAAGUUUUCCCAUUUAAUCUCCAUCCUGUCCAUUGCACAUCCCAUUAUUAGCACAAUACUUUAAUUUUGCAUACUUGAAUUUUGAUCAAAACAUGGUAGUAAAAUAAUGAACAUUAAAAAGAACGAAAUCUUUAAAAGAACUUUAAGUAUUAUAUAAUAUGAUUCGCGGCAAUCUCGAUAUAAUUGAGAAAACGAAAGUCCUCCGAGGUUGUUUGUCGCUGAAAUUCUAUGCGCACAUGAAGAUAACUUUACGAGGAAAGAUCUUCAAGAAACAAGCGACAGAUUCAUCGGAUCGAUUAAUUCUAACGGCGAAAAAGAGAUGCGUUUCGCCAGCCGUAAAAUGCGUACGUGCAUGCGUAGCGGUAGUUACGCAUAUGCGACACAUGUGCAUGUGGAAUUGCCAUUACCUAUAUCGCUAUUCUUACCAACGCCAAUAUUUAUAACGAACGAAAACUACGGGGCUUACCUGUAAAAACGAGAGAAAUAAAAGGAUCGCGUGUGUGCGGGCGUGUCCAGAUUGUGUGAACACGCGCAAUUAUCUAUCCGAUAGAAACAGAAAACCCAAGAUAUUGUGCGUAUCUGUUGAAAAUCGCGCUCAUCUUCUCGCGUGUAUAGUAGGAAAGUACGAGGAGACUGGCGUAUAUACAUUUUAACGAGAAGAUAGCCCUACGCUGGCACAUCAAGUUCAGGCUGAUCCUGUCCGCUCUUACUGGUGCAUAUAGGGUGUCUCUGAAUUAUCGGCACACAUUUUAUAGAUAUAGAAAUAACACACAGAUUAAUAAGAAAUGAUUAUUUCAAU